GAGAUCCAUCAGGGCGUAAUACAGAGCGUCAACCUAUGUCAUUAACUAUGAUAGAACAUAAUAUAACCGCUUUAAACCAGCAAUUACGUCGUAUAUUUAAUAAUGGACUUAUGUACGCAUCAAGACGUGGAUUCAUAUUGGAUAGUGAAGUUGAUAAUUUUUCGGUUAUGAAUAAUUUGGAAUGGUUUGGUAAAAUAUCAGCUCUUGAAAUGUUAAGUGAUAUAGGAAGAUAUUUUAGAGUUGGGACAAUGUUAAUGAAAGAAAG